GCACGCGGUUGUGUCUCAUGUUUGAAUACGAGACAGGAGUCAAAGAACCCGAAUACACAAGUUACCUAAGGAUCCCUGAGGACUUAUUCACAGUAGUGAUUCGAUAGUUUUAGACGAUACUUUAUCGAUUUAAGUGUACAUUUUACUGAUUAGACUUAUUAUUACCUGAUAAUCUGAAGAAAAAAAGAGAAUUUAAAAGUUCGGGGUAAAAUAUGGAUGUUAUACCAGCGUUCAUCCUCUUUUUAUUAAGUAUUUAUUCUCAAGUAGGUCCAGGUUUAGGUGUACCGUUAUUCGACCCAAUAAUUGAAAUGGAUGAAAAUGUCUUACAUGGACAGCGUCAUUUGUUAGAAGUUACAGAAGCAACAACAGAAAGUGCACCACCAGUAGAUGAAGGGUUUUUUGCAGACGUGUCUGCGUUUUAUUCUGAUAAAAACAACAUGGCCAUGUAUUUAGUUCUACCUGUAAUCGUGUUGUUAUACGGUGGAUGUAGCUCAAUUUAUUGCAUCGCUAAAUGUCGUAGAUAUCUUCGAAAACGAAAACAUCAGCGUCUAUCAGGACCGGAAGACGAGGAGCAGUUGACCCAAAAUGAACCUAAUAAUUUGAAUCAAGAUGGCGGAAUAGAUAACCCAAGACACGCAAUAGCUAAUAACAUAGAUACCAGCUCUACUGAUGUCAAAGUAGGAGUUGAGAGAGAGAAUAGCACUCCAUUGCCUUGGCAGGUACCAGAAGACGUCACACCCUCGGAUGUUAAGCCAACUUCGGUACCGCCGCUAAAUAGACCCAUGAUACCACUCGAAAAAAUACAAAAACCCGGGGAUAAUCAGGAGAUACCAAAACAAAACUUACCCGAAACUGCAAAGCCUUAUAAUGGUCGACGGUUCCCUCAGAUUGAUGAACCAAGUCCAAUUGGACAACAUGUCCCCGUUCGACGUGUUGAUUCUGAUGAAGAUUUGCCACCAACAAAGAUUUUCAGACCUCCAAACAAGGACUUAAUAGAAGCUGCCCUACGACCAUCUCCGUCCGGACGAGAAAGCGUAAGCACCAUAGCAAUGAAGGACGAACUACUAGCCCGUUUCGAUGCAUUUUCUACUUUCGCCAUGGCUAAAAAAGCUGCUGAUAUCCUACGAGUUAAUUCAAUGGGCGGUGACAAAAAAGAUUACGUUAAACCUAAAAACAAACUAAUAUUUAUAGCCGAGUAACACAUACCUUUAUGCUUAUGUAUAUUUUUAUAUUAUGACAGGAGAAUGUUUAUUUACGUACCAUUAUUUUACUACCUACAGUCUAUUAUUAUAAACAAAUGUACAAUAUUUAACAUAAUAUCUCUAAUUAUAAAAACAAGUACGUACAUGCUAUGGACCAGGAACAAAACAUGAGUUUGUUGCCACCAUCUUGUAAUUGUGACGUCAUAUAACAAAUGAAGUCCGUCAAUCGAUGCGCAGUUGUCCAAGGAACAAUCAUGGCAAGUGAAGAAGUUUCAUGUCGAUCAUAGUUAAAUUGGCGGAGCCUUAGGCUUUUUUCGAAGAGCGUUGCCCCCAACAAGUUCCUGAUCCAAAAAUGACAAGAAAAUAACCGAUUCUAUUACAUAAUUUAAAAAAAACCCAGCAUUUAAGAAUCUUAUGAAAAUAACCUUUUAUAUGAAGUUGAUAAAAAUAAGUGGCAUGGAUCAUUAUUACCCAACAAUACACUAUUUAACCUAUACAAAGACUUAUUCUAUUACACACCAGUGCAUUUUAUUGAAAUUAAAAACGCAAUUUAUUACAUGAACUAUUUCACUACACACCAAUACAUUAUUUUUUAAACUACGCUGUUCUGCAGCUUAACAAAAAUCAAUCAAUGGACUGAAUAUGGUUAACCGCUCCAUCGUUAUAUUAUGUCAGACUAACCCAAAACCUAAUUGCUAUCGAUAUUCCGCAAACUGUUUCUGUUGCUGUAAUAUUGAAACAAUCAUCGACAAGGUCACUUUGAUUUCGCAAACAAUUUAUCGCAUGUAACGAAUCGCUACAUUACAUGUUUAAUCCACGAAUAAAACAGUCAUAUCAGCGGUUUUGUGAAUUAUUAUAUUUAAUGUCUAGGUAUUCUGAGUGUAUAAUUAGAUAGCUUAUCAGGUGUUUUAAUGAACAUACGUUAUGUGUUGAAUUUAAGUCAUUCUCUAUAAUGUGCCUUUCACUUAAAUAAUACAUGUCUUGCGAUGUUGUAUAGUUGAUUUCCCACUUAGAACAGUGGUAACAUUUUGUGUGUGCCAUUUUUGAUUGAAUAUGUAAACAGAUACGAAGUAAGUGCAUUGUGUCUGUCUGUUCGGCGAUAUUUACAUUCAUGUACAUGUGACACAUUGACUUUACACGUUUAAUAUUGAUUCAAAUAAAUUAUCAUCGUGAUUGCAUAACAUCACGGUAUUCAACUUUCAAAAAAUGAAACAUAGUUUUUAUAUUCAUAGAACUGUAAGGUAAUUUAUGAAAUUAUAAAGGGUAAUACGCAAUGUAAUUGAAUUUUAAUAUUAUGCCCAUUUAAAUUGAAUUGGUUGUUAUGUCAAGUUAAUUAGAAUCUAAUUAUGUCUAAGUCUGAAUAAUCAAUAAGUGUGUUAUAAAAAUGUCCGAAUUUACUAUGAUAGAAUCAAAGUUGACGUGUAAGAAAAAGCGUAAAAACCAAUAUAAUUGCGUUUUAGUAUUUUGUCCAUUAUCUUUAAUUAGCUGCUAUCUGAAAUUUAUUUGAAUCUGAUUAGGCGUAAACAUGAAAUUAAUCACUAAAUUAGAAUUUGAUUUGGUGUAAAACUUAAUAAUCACUAAUUGGCUGUUUUGUCAAAUUAAUUAGAAUCUGAUUAUGUCUCAAACUUAAUUAAUAAAUGAUUGGUUGUUACGUCAAAUCAAUUAGAAUAUGAUUAAGUGUAAAACUGCAUAAUCACUAAUUGGUUGUUAUGUCAAAUUAAUAAGAAUCUGAUUACGUGUAAAACGGAAUAAUCACUAAUUUGUUGUUCUGUGACAUUAAUUAAAAUCUGAUUAUGUUUUAAUCUGAAUAAUCACUAAUUAUGUUGCUAAAAAAUAGAAUAAAUAUCCGAUUUUAUUCUAUCGACUAUAUAAUAUCUUUUAUUAGAAUUUAUAACAGUUUAAUGUUCCGUCCAUUAUUUCUUGUUUACGUUUCUGUUGUGUAUUUAAACCACAUAUGAUGUAUAUUGUUAUGUAAUAUAUUUUUGUCUUUACAAUUGUUACUAGUUAUUGUGAUAAUCACGCUUAUUCUAUUUAUGUAUUUUAUUACUAUACUACGUUUAUACUUUCAAAUAUUUAAGAACUUGCGCAAUAAGCAGAUUACAAAAGAUUAAUUCAGUCAUAGGCCGUGAAUAAUCUUAGAUAUUUUUGGGUCUCCACUUGACAGGAGUGUGGCUUGCAAGUCGAAAAACCGUGGUACGCCCGUAUACGCAUCAGCGUGCAUGUAAAGAGUCCUUGACAGUUAAAAAUUUAGAAAAAGUAGACGGAAACACGGGUGUCCGGGCAAAAUUCUCCUACCUAGCAUUACACUUGUAACCAUAGAAGUAAGCGAAGUACCACCUUUUUGUCACAAAAUGACGGAAGACAUUAAACCUCAUUCUAUUUAAUGUUGUGUCGUACCAUCCUGCAACAUCCUUAUUUCAAAUAAAAAUAUAACGAAAACGCCAAGUAAAAAAGUUACAUCUGUGGGUCUUAAUCGCAUAUUUACUUAAAAGAUUUCUUGGAAGGUAAGUUGUAGUUAAUCGAUAUAUGGUAAGACAUUAAGACUUAUGUUCCACCUACUGCGCCCCUUGUUUUCUAUUAUCAACCGUGAAGACAAUUAUUAAGCAUGUUCUAAGACAUGACAACGAUAUUAUACACUCAAUACAUUGACGGAAAUGUUGAAAUUUCAGUUACUGCUAAGAUGUAAGACGUGUAUUUAAUGAUAUAUCAUUAGUACGACCAGGGCCAAUGAGAAGGUCUGGACAACUGCAAUCAUGGUCGCCAUUUUGUUACCCAGUCUCUCUGUUUUAAUAGACGAACAUUAGAACAAAACGAACGGAAUGAUGGUUUUUCAUACGAUAUACUUGGUCAGAGGAUGGAGCUGUGUAAGAAUCUGAAAUUACACAGCACUAUGAUUAAACAAAAGGCUAUUUUGUUGCCCAAUCACAACCAAGAGAAUAAUUGGCCAGAAUAUUCGUAUAUAUGUCUUUGGGUACUGUCAAUCGGUAAUAGGUGGGGGGUUGUGUUACAUGUAUAUGUUAACAACCCAGGAUAUGUUUUUUGACUUGUCCGUUUUCUAAUGUCUGUUAAAGGAAUAUGUGAAGCGUCGACUGCUAUAGAAAUGAAUUAUCAUAUAUUGAUCUGAACUUACUCAAGAAACUCUGUGAUACUUAUUAAUAUGUUUGUACUAAUUAACGCAUGACGAAUCUGUUGUUCCUUUGUUAAUUUACAAAUUUGUUUGUUAAAAGCGUGAACAUUCUAUUAGUAAUUAUGAAUAAUUUGAACAGAAUGCAACAACAUAUUAAUUCUAUUAAAUCCGUCCAAAUAAA